UCUUUAGUUGAUUGUGAUACUUUAGGCGAAAACAGUGAGGUGGCAGUCGAGCGGAUACUUUGUCCUUUCUCUCCCAUCGAUUAUUGACACGCUGCGUCCCACAUUAAUUUUUUUUUGCAUUAUUGGAACACGAUUCGAUGUGGCAAAUGUAAAACUUCAAAACCAUCAUGUCAUCCACUACAUCUUCUAAUCUGUCAUGUCCGGCUUGCACUCAGAAAAAAGUGAAAAGCCGUUUCAGUUGGCGAGCAAUUUUAUACGCAAUUUUUUGCUUUCCGUGUGGAAUCUACUGCUGCAUGAAACGGAAAACAUACUAUUGCACACAAUGUCAAUGUGAUGUGGUUAAACGUACUGAAACCCGUGCUAUUUUACCAAGAACUCCCGGAUUGGGCUACAACUUCCGUUUGUACGAAUCUACAAAAACGGCUCUUCCAGCUAGUUUUGCUGCAUAUCGUAAUCCGGCAAUGACAGCAUCAUCCACAGAUUCUACAGUUUCCACCACACUAUCAACUGCACCAAUUGUGGAUUAAUUUUUUGAAUUUUUGAUUUCGCCAGGGUUUCAAAAGGGGUUUGUUACGUUUAAGUAAUUUUCAUAAGUAAAUAUUUCCGAUUAUUCUGAUACUUGAUCAGAAGUUUUAAAUGAUACUUAUCCCAUUUUUCUUUACAAAAAAGUCUCCUAUCGUCUCACCAUUUGAUUUCUUGUCACUUUGCUCUUUUUCGCGUUCCAAAGCCAAUAGUUUCGUCUCGAAAGCUUUUGAUUUUAUCAGUGCUCGAUGAUCGACCUGUAAAUUAUUUGAAAUAUUUUUCAGUUUCUUUUUCUGUUUGAUUUUGGUCAAUUAAACUACGGGUUUCAGUGUGAUUAAUUACAUAACUUUGAAACGUAUAUUUCCAGAAUUUUUCCGUUAAUAAAUAUAAUACUUUU